AUGAUUCUGAUGCUGGCUGGUUGCCUCUUGGCUCGCGCCAAAUCCGGAUUUAACGCGGUCCGCAAAGGCAUAUUUGUCGAGGCGUAUCAAGUUCUCGCAACACCAAACAGACCGGCAAUCAUGUCGUGCGGCAUUAUAGAUCAAGCGUUAACAACUUUUACAUGGCAGAAAGAGAGCUCGAGAGUUGGAAUCUUCGAGGAAGUGGAAAAUUCGUCAAACAAUUGGGGAACAAGAGGAUUUACUGCGUCAAAAAUCGGUGGAUUUUUCAACGAAACUUCCGUCACUGUUCCAAGGAAAAUUGAAACUCACGUGACAGUAGAACUUAGAUACGAAAGGGUCACACCCGACGACUCUGGUGUUUACGGAUGCCCGGUACUGACAAUGAACGUAACUCGAGAUGAAAGCAAUACAACAGCAGGCAACAACGCCUCCUUCACUUGCAGCGUCUGUGUUCAGGGAUACGAGGGUUGGUGGACCAAGGCGGGGAAACGUCUUACUUCGUUCAAUGAUUCUGAUGGUGGGAUUGACUGGACUAUAACUGUCGGCGAGCCUGAGGAAGUAAUCGCUCGCGAUUACGCCUGCGUAGCUAAGAAUACUAAGGAUUCGCAUCCUCGUGGAAGAAUGCUCGUCACAGUAAGACCGCCCACAGAAAACAUAAUUGAAGGAGCUAAGAUCGUGUAUGCAAAACCGGGCGAGUCGACAGCACUGUUGUGGGAUUUCUUCGAACUUCGACGAUCGAACUUCGAGUGGCAAAAAGUCUCGCCGAGACUCGCAGUUCAGUUGGACAGCGUCUCCCUUAUAUCGAAUGUCAACAAGACUCACGUCAGGAUGAUGCUGCAUAUUGCGAAAACGUCAUACAGCUACAGUUCUUAGGAUUACCUAUGCCAGGCAAUGAGUGACAGACUGCCGAGGAUCGCAACUUCGGUUCGAGUCGAAGUCUCCUACGAUUCGCCAUUGCGAUUGACCGCCUUCGUCGUAGGGUUGGAGCUAGUUUAUUUACGCUGGUUCGACAGAGUAGCCCGAGGAGACACGCAUCUGAUACAAUCUUUGGAAAACGGUUCUCUUGAACGGGAAGACGUAUUCUCGGUGCAAGUUAAAGAGGGCAGGAUAUAUAACCACUUAUGUAGGAGACAGUUGAGACGCGGCACUUUUUAUUGGUUCGAACUUGUUGUAAUCAGUUCGGGAAGACGACUCGCAAGUACUUACUCCGGACUUAUCACGCCCGCGGAAAAAGAUUCCAAGAUAGUUCGACGAAUCUCCGUGACAUGGAAGAAUGUCCGUCAUGACGUGCCGUUUCUCGGUGCCUGCACCAAAAAUCUCGAUUAUGGCCAACUCUUGGUCAUCGUGGAAUUUUGCCGCUUCGGGAACUUGCACGACUACUUGUGGCGCUGCAGGUCAAAGUUCGUCGAUGAAUUGGGUACCGUCUCUUCGAAAAUCCCAUAUCCUGAUGCUGAUAAUCAUUCUAUCGACGUCAGAAGCUGUAGUACAAACUCGGCACCACGUUGGGAAGAUGCUAUUUCAGCAGUGAAAGAUUUGGGUGAUAGGACCGAUCAACUGGGUACGAGUGAAGGGGCGGGAGAUUCGGCUACCGGAAACAACUCACAAUUACCGGAACUUGAGCCGCCAACCAAGUACCCGGGUGACUUUACAAAUGCGGAAUUGUAUCCGAUUCGCACGCGAGACUUGGUGUCUUGGGCUUGGCAGAUUUCACGCGGAAUGCAAUAUCUUGCUGCCAAAAAGGUGCUGCACGGUGACUUGGCAGCGAGGAACGUAUUGCUUUUGGAGGAUAACGUCGUGAAAAUAUGUGACUAUGGCCUGUCCAAGUCCCUCCAGGAGGACGACCAGUACAAGGACCAAGGAAACGACCCUCUUCCCGUCAAGUGGAUGGCCAUCGAAUCCCUCAGAGACGGGAUAUUCUCGCUAAAAUCUGACGUCUGGUCUUUCGGAGUCUUGUUAUGGGAAUUGUUCUCGCUCGCCAAAACUCCUUACCCCAGAAUCAACCCCCAAGACAUGUGCGAAACACUUGCCGGUGGUCAUCGAAUGGAGCGACCAAAGUACUCACCCAAGAGUAUCUUUGCUUCUAUUCAUCCGACGAUGCUGCGAUGCUGGAAAACGGAUCCGUCGAAUCGACCCUCUUUUGAUGAGCUUGAGCGCUGCGUCGGUGAUUUGCUAGAGGAGAACGUCAAAAUGCAUUACCUCGAAUUGUAUACUCGACGCGCCAAGGUGUACACCGAAAUCACGGAAUUCCGGAAGACACCGGCUUCCGAGACUCACGAUCCGAGUCCCCUUGAUCCAGUUGAACCGAUAAGCACGAAUCCAGGAAGACGACAGGGCAAUCAGCAAGGCACCGAAAGUUUUGACGCCAAUCUUGAAAAUCAAUCUUAA